UUCAAAGAGGAAUGUUGUCCAAUCAAUCAGAGGAGGAAACGAUGUGGUUUGGCUUGAGUCGUCCGAGGUCUUCUUCUUUUACUUAUUCUACACGUGAAACAGUUACCCUUCCUGAAGAUAAUAACAAAACAACCAACAACUCAAAAGACUUUUUGUUGUCAUCCUUGGUCAAGGAAAAAGAAGCCGCGUUGGAAAGAGCACAAACCGAAAUGGACCUAUUACAAGAAAGAAUAGAACAGUUGACCCAUCAAUUACACAAAAGUGAGCAAUUAUGUGAAGACUUGAGAAAGAAAUGCUUUGUUGAUACGCCUAUUUGUACGAACCAGGACAACUUUGGGCCUAUCCAAAUGCGAGUGGAUGGUGCAGGUUACACGGGACAUCAACAAACUGCCCGUGUGUGGAUAGGAAAUAUGUUCAUCACUUGGUUGAAAGUGCCAGUGGAUGAAGAAGAUAAUCCACUGAUGGAAAAAGCACAACCCAUUGCAAACUCCAAUUCACCUGUAUAUGUCCCAACUAUUGAUGAUAUCGGUUAUCAGUUGAUUGCAGAGUGUCAUUGGCAACGUAUGCGUGGUCCUGUUGUAGCGACUUCUCAUUCUGUGACUAUAGAAUAUGACCCCGACUUGUUGAAAGUAAUGGUUUCCUUAUUGAAAAGUGGGAGAGCAGAAUUUGAUGCAUUUUAUGUUUGCAAAGAGAAUAAUAGGUCAUCAAGAAGAAGAAGAGAAGAAGAAGAAGAAGAAGAACAACAAAGAGUGCCCGUUUCUAUUAUCAUCAAAAGACACAAGACCAAGUUUUCAUAUCAUUCUGUUAACUCUUAUCGAGUUGUUCAGCUGUAUUAUGAACGAUGUAAACAAGUUACGGACAUUACUUUAGAAUUGGAAACCUCGAGCCCUUGUUUUGCUUUCAAGUUGCGUUUUCCUUCUUACGUGAUGGAUUCCAAAGCAGAGGAUACUCAAGUCGAAGAGAUGGAAGAGCAUUGUUUUUAUACUCGUACGAGUGCAGACAGAGAUCUGAUGAUGGCUACCAUUCGAGAGAGUUUGAAGUUAUUUUUUGGACAAGCGAGUCCAGCAGUAAAGAAAGGUAUUGAGUCGGAUAACAAUCUUUUUCAAAUAGGAGCGCAUCGGGUGAGAGAUGCGACUAGAAAGAUAUUUCAUAUUCCAUCCAGUCCAUCAUCUUCUGUUGCAAAUCAUACAGAAUAACGGCCUUUCUUUAUCAAACGG